AUGGCAUUAUAUCAUUACAAUUAGAAUGAUUCAUUCUAAGCUAAUAAAGAAAUUACAACCAAAUUGAAAGAAUUGGGAUUCAAGUGGAAAGUUGUGUAAAGUGUUAAUUCAGAAACAAGAUUCACAGUUAUGGCCAUUAGAAGACCUUCUGACAUAGAUCAACCUAAAUAGUUCGAUCCCAUAUUCUUAUAACAUCUUUACCUUACUUGUGAUAGCAAUACAAUAUAAAAUACAGAUGCAUUUACAUCUUUGUAUUGUCUGACCACUCUGAAUACAAAGAUAGAUCUGGAUAAUGAGACAAUUAGUUCGCACAAGGACAAUCUCAUAAAGACUGAAUUUGGAUUUAGGGGGAUUAAACUGCAAGAACAUUCAAGUGAUGACUUUAAUGCCUACAUUAAAUAGUACUUUGAGGGUUUUGAAUAACUGAACCUAUCCAAUUCUGAGGUUUCACUUUCAUCAGAUAAAGUCAUUAGCAGCUUUUGCAAAGAGUGUUUUAAAUGGGCGAAAUGCAGAUUGGCAUAACAUCAAAGACUCAUUUAUAAUGGAUUUCCAUCUGUGUCUAACGCUGAGACUGCGAAGGUUUUCAUGUCUGAUUCUGGAAACCUUAAAGUUUACUUGAUAUCCUCUGAUUAAAGUAGUACAAGCAUUUUUGUAUUUGAAUAUAAUGAGGAGAUCACUAUGUAGAAAGUACAAUCAAUUUUAAACCAAUGUGGAGUACAAGUACCAAUAGAUUAGAAUCUUUAUGUCCCCCAAUUCAUAGUGAAUAGUAAGGUUAGGUUUUCAGACAAUGUAAUUGGAUUAGGGAGAUUUAGUACUUAGUACAGACCUAAGAUGGUUGAUGUCUAAAAUGCGGAAGGUUAUAUUAUCAAACCUCCAUUUGUAUUUGGGAUAUUGAACGAGGACUUCAAUGAGAUCACGGGAAUGCCCAAUUUGUUUUUUAAAGUUUAGGAUACUCACUGUAUCUAACUAUGA